AUGGUUCUGAGGGUCGUCGUCACCCUGUGCAUGGCUCUCAUGGCGAUGCUCUCGCCUCGGUGCACCGCCACUUCGCCUUACUAUAGCAACCCGCCACCGACCCCCGUGGCUAAGCCUCCUUCCGCUUCUCCGCCACCCUACCACCACCACCACCUUCCAGUUCCGCCGGAGCACCACCCUCCAAAGUACCACCACAGAGCACCACCAACACCGCCCAGCCAUGGAGCGCAGCCUCCAGUCUACUAUCACCCACCGCCAACCGCUGGUGCGCCCCCGCCGCGUCACCACCACCACCACCACCACCACCAUCAUCAUCACCACCACCAACCUACUCCUUCACCACCGACUCACGUCGGACACCCUCCGUACGACCACAGUUCUCAUCCACCGCCGCCGAGCCAUGCCCAUAUGCCUCCGUAUGGCCGGCACCCGCCACCUCCGUCACAUGGUUAUCCCGUCCCUCCAACUCACAAGCCCCAGACUCCGCCGCCGUCGUACAAGUCUCCACGACCACCGCCGGCACCAUCGGUCCACCACCCUUGCCCUCCGUUGAUGCCGCCCCACCAUCCUACGUACCCGCCAUCACAUCCUACGCCUACGCCACCGCCUGUCCACAAGCCCCUUCCUCCUCCCGUUUACCACAACAAAUCUCCUCCACCACCAGUUUACGUUUAUCCGCCAUCACCAACUCACAUGCCCCAUCAUCGACAGCCGCCGCCGCCGCCGCCACCAUACAAGACCAUCCCCGAGCAUUCUCCCCCGCCGCGUCACGAUCACUCUUCGCCGCCGCCACCACCACCGCCAUACAACUAG